AAGUAAAAAAAAAUACAAUUAUAUUGUAAAAUAUGUUGUAUUAAGUAUUAAAUAAGUUUAAUAGAUACAUGUUAAAACAUUUACUAUCGCUGGACCAAAAGAAAGGAUCAAAUAUUUAUUUUGAAAAUACUUUUUAGUAAGUUCUAAUAUGAAAACCUUUUCCUUGAUAUAAGCUUCAUUUGUAUUGGUUUUAUAAUGCGAUAAAAAUAAAUAAAUAAAUAAUUGAAACAAUUGAGUAAAUAUAUCUAUUUUAUGAUUUUCAGAUUAGGAGAGUAUUUUAAAAUGGAUCAUUCAUCAGGGGUCAAGGAUCUAUGCGCAGCAGGGGAAGAUUGCGAGUUAAGCGGUAAAACUAAAUUCUACGUGGACGUGGCAACACAUCCAAAUACAGAUGUCAAUUUAGAAUUUCGAGCUUUACCAUUUCAAUGUAUUCUAAACCAAGUUGUUCCACCCACGUUCAUUAGAUUUGGAGACAUAAUGAGUCUUGCAGGAACGGACAACACACGCAAUUAUUUUGGUGCCGAAUUUUAUUUGUCUUUAUUGGAUCUUCAACUAAUUUGCCAACCAAACAAAGGUCCAAAUUAUAGGAAUCAGGCCUACCAGUUGCAGAUCCGUAUUGGAGAACAACUACCAGGGAUGAGAGAAAUGUCAGAAGUAUUACCACAACCAAUAAUAAUGUGUAUUAACAAUAAACUAAUACCCACAGUCCACAUACAAAGCCCUUUAAAUGUUAAUCCAAUUGAAUAUUUGCACUUAAAUACUGUUAAUGGUAAUGCUAUCAGAGGUAUUUGGCCACAGUGUGAUAGGUUAUUUUAUAUGGUGGUAUAUUUGGUGAAAAUAAUUACUGUCGACGAUUUUGUGAAUUAUAUUAAAUUAGACAAUAAUCGAUAUUUUUCGGCAUUAAAUACAAAGCAUACAGCCAUGAAAUUGUUGGAAAAUUCCAGUAAAGAUGUAAGUUUGGGGGCCUUUAAGUUAACUCUGUUGUGUCCAAUAAAUAAAUUAAGAAUGACAUUGCCUGCCAAAUCUGUCAAUUGUAAUCACUUACAAUGUUUCGACCUGCAAGCUUUCAUUUCUUCGAAUAAGAUAGAACCUACAUGGAUGUGCCCUAUAUGCAUGAAUCCCUGUUCCUUAGCCGAUUUGAAAAUAGACUCGUUCCUUUCGUUCAUUAUCAAUAGUAUAAACGUACCUAAGACUUGCGAGGAAAUAGAACUAUAUGCGAAUGGUAAAUGGAAAGCAUGUAGUUUGGACAAUGAUAGUUGUGAAGGUGUUUUUGGUACAUCUACCUGCCAUUCAAAACUUGUUUUUGAAAUUGAUUUGGGUAGCUCAGAUGAUGAAGAUCUCGGAAAUAUUGAAAAAAAAGUAAAACCGAUAGAAAAUGUUAGAAAUUCCAAUGAUUUAAAACGAAACAUUUGCAUUGAUCCCAUAACGUCCACCGGGGAGAGUGACACUGACGAAAAACCGCCACUAAUCAAAGCUAUAAAAAAAGAAGUUCCUGAUACUUAAAAUAGAUAUACGAUAUGCCAUUUUAAACAUAGUACAAAUUAAGUUAAAUUUGUUUACAAUUACAUAAGUUUCAAAUAUUUAAGUGUUUUUUUAUUUUAAAUCUAGAAUUUACAACUUUUUUAUUUAUUGUUAAGCAUUUAAAUCAAAAUAAUAAUAGUAAAUAUAUUUUAAUUAUUAAGUUGGAUUUACUACAUCUAUUAGGUUCAAUUCAAUAACUAAAUUCUGAUAUUAUAUUUUAUUAUAUUCUGUGUUAAAUUAUUUUAAUUAUUAUUAUUAUCAUUAUUUUGAAUUAAAUUUAUAACUUUAUGCUCUUAGUUCUUGCAUUGUUCUAAUAAUAUACUGCACAAGUAUGUUUUAUUAUGUCACAUUUAGUAGCCCAUUGUAAUAUGUGGAAAUGAUAUUUAGGUAAAACAAGAAAUAAAUUCAAUGCGCAGCCCGAUUUAAUUUAUCAAGAACUGAUGUGUUUAAUUAAGAAAUAUUUUAUUACACUAAUGUAAAAAUGAUUAGAACCAUAGAAAAUACAUUCCUUAGUGUAGCUAAACUUUUCUAUCUUUUAAUUAUCGAAGUAAUGUGCAAGCUCUGUGGAGGGAAUGCGUAAGCAGUUCAGGCAGCUUCUUCUAUACUAUGGAGAAAAGAAUUGCGUUUAAUAAAUUGUUUCGUACAAAAACCAAUAUUAAUUUUGAUGUCUAUAACUUACUAAAUCUAAAAUUUCAUUUUUAACAAAUUGUAUGUAAUAUGUAUAAUUAUUUAUUACAAUAAUAAAGAUACUAAUUUUAAGCGAAGUCCAUGCCAAAACCAAAAAAAAAAAUUUAUUAGACUGCAGAAGUUUCUUUUCAAAGUUAAUUAGGAAAAGAAGACCUUUAUAAUAUUGAUUUUAAUCAUCGUAACUAAUAUACAAAGUAUGAGUUUAAAUUGA